UUUGUUCCGAACCAUCCUUAUGUAUGGAUUUCAUUUCUUAGUUUGGUUUCUUUGUGUUCGAGGCAUCAAAGAUACUCAGUGUGGAUUCAAGCUAUUAACAAGAGAAUCAGCUAGAAUACUCUUCCCUAAUAUGCAUGUAGAAAGAUGGGCAUUUGAUGUUGAAUUGUUAUAUAUAGCACAAUACCUUGGUAUGUCAUUAUCAGAAGUAUCAGUCAACUGGGAAGAAAUAGAAGGUACCAAGAUGAUUCCAUUUUUCAGCUGGGCCCAGAUGGGACGAGACCUGAUCCUCAUUAGGCUACGCUACCUCUGUGGGUUCUGGAAGAUAGACCCAAAACCUAAAGCCGAUUAGUUUCAACCUUGGUGGUUCAAAUCAGUGAUGUAGUCCUAAAUACCUUGCAUGUCGGCAAGACCAAGGGGCCAGUUUCACUAACUCUGUCAUAAGACUUGGAUCUUUGAUAAGCCAUAGAAACAUGUAGAAUUUACUCAUGUUUUUAUGAGGUGCCCAUGAAUUGCAGACUUGUGAUGGUUUUGUGAAAUUGAACAAUGUAGGCCAUGUCUUACAGGGUAUAAAAUCUUAUGGGUUUACAAGUUAAGAUUCUCUCUGUUUACAUGUGGUUGAUAGCUUCACCAACCCUUGAGUUUAUUCUGCAGACUGCUUGUUAAUAUUCCAAAAUAAAAAAUAUUUUUGUAAGAUGAGUAUAUCAUCAUGGUCCUCAUAAUUUUACAAAUUACAAUUUAACCAUGUUAUUUCUUCUCUUUGUCCAAAUACAAAAUUCAAAUAAGAUUUAAACCUAGAUUCAGAAUAAGAAAUGUCAUUCUAUGCUUCGCCGGGAGAUGCCAACUAUUUCUUUUUCCACAUUGUUUAGUGCAGGGUUGUUUGUUGAAAGAUACCUAUGGUUUCAUGGAAAAUAUUGGGUGUUUCUGCCAAAACUUAGCCUUUUCAGCCAUCAGAUUUCUGUAUUGCAUUUUUUUCCACCUGCAGGUGAAUGAUGACACACUAUUUCAAGAAAUUAUAGUAUUUAAAAAACAUGAAGAUUCAUUUCUUACCCAAAGUAAAUAGCAAGAUAAUCUUGGAAGAGGUUAGUGAAAUCCACCUGUUUGAAAAAUAUAAUGUGGUGGAGCUAAUAAACCUCAUAUCUCAAAAUUUAAAAAUGUUGAGAGCAGCUUAGAAAAGGCUGUAUUUGAUAAAUAUAGCAAUGGUUGCCAUCUCAUAUUGUCUGAAAACAGUCUCCUGAUACCUGUGAGGGGUCUUCCCACGAGGCCGAGGGUCCAAAUCGUAUUUUAUUUUAUCAGGACGUUUGUCUUCAUUGUUAACAGUUGCGGGCGUGCUAUGAAGAUUUUAAGUUAAAAAUUCAUUACUGUUUAAUCAUAAACCAACUCGAUUCGAUUUGUAUUUAAAUAUUUUAGAUAAAUUUCUUUCUAAUAUAAAACAAUUGAUAUUCAAUUCUUGAAACUAUAAUCUAUCCAGAAUUUGGCAGUUCAAAGGUCAUUUUUAUAUUAAGCUCCUGACCAUUCUUCCAAUUUGGUAUACUUAAUUUUUUAUCAGCUUAUAUUUGUCUAUGUCCUGCUGUUGUGAUAUGGAUUAAAAUGUACAUUCCAAGAAAAAAAACAUAACCGAUAAAUAAUAACAAUAAGAAAAUGUUCAAUACUAGAUUUUCAAAUUUUUACAAAGAAUAAACGGCUGAAAAUGGAUUCAACGGCCACAUUCUUGAAUGAUGGGUAACUGAGAUGAUACUCGAGUAUAAAUCAAGACCAGAUUUAUCAAAGCUUCACCACAUUAAUAUCUGUUAUCUGCAACUUCAUCGGAGAAAAUGCUAAGCGGAAAUGUUUCCGCUGAUAUAGACAAACAUCCUGAUGAAAGAAAAUACACUAUAAGAAAAAUCGGCCUCAUGGGAAAAUGAUUGAAUUUUUGGUCUUGUGGAGCCGCCUCACCUGUGAAGAACUCUUUCGAGGCAAAAGAAUGUUGCUACCCAUGUUAAGGCCACCGCACACCUUACGACCCGACCGGUCGCCGACUGGCUU